GAGAAUGCCAUUCUCUGUCUCUUGGGGCGUCCUCCUGCUGGCAGGCCUGUGCUACCCGGUCCCCAGCUCCCUGGCUGAGGAUCCCCAGGAAGAUGCUGCCCAAAAGACGGCUACAUCCCACCAUGAUGAAGGGGACUGGGAGGACCUUGCUUGCCGGAAGAUCUCCUAUAACAUCAUCGACCUCGCCUUUGAUUUGUACAAAGAGCUGGCUGAUCUAUCACAAACCAGCAAUAUCUUAGUCGCCCCAACGAGCGUGGCUAUGGCCUUUGUAAUGCUCUCCCUGGGGACUAAGGCUGACACUCGCACGGAGAUCCUGGAAGGCCUGAAUUUCAAUCUCACAGAGACGCCUGAGGCCAAGAUCCACGAAUGCUUCCAGCAAGUUCUCCAAGCCAGGCCAGACACCCGGCUCCAGCUGACCACCGGCAGUAGCCUGUUUGUUAACAAGAGUGUGAAGCUAGUGGACACGUUUUUGGAGGAUAUCAAGAAACUGUACCACUCAGAAGCCUCCUCCAUCAACUUCAGGGACACCGAGGAGGCCAAGGAGCAGAUCAACAAUUAUGUGGAGAAGAGAACUGGAAGAAAAAUAGUGGAUUUGGUCAAACAUCUGAAAAAAAACACAAGUCUUGCCCUGGUGGAUUACAUUUCCUUUCACGGCAAAUGGAAAGAUAAAUCCAAGGCUGAGCGCAUUACGAUAGAGGGCUUCCAUGUGGAUGAUAAGACCAUCAUCAAAGUGCCUAUGAUAAACCACCUGGGCAGAUUUGAGAUCCACCGGGACAAGGAGUUAUCCAGCUGGGUGCUGGCACAGCACUAUGCGGGGAACGCCACUGCCUUCUUCAUCUUGCCCGACCCAAAGAAGAUGUGGCACUUGGAAGAUAAACUGACCUACAGCCACCUUGAAAAUAUCCAGAGAGCCUUUGACAUAAGGUCUAUCAGUCUACAUUUUCCCAAACUGUCCAUUUCUGGGACCUACGAACUCAAGAGAGUCCUCAGGAAUCUGGGCAUCAUCAAGAUCUUCAGCAACGAGGCCGACCUCUCUGGAGUCAGUCAGGAGGCACCCCUGAAGCUCUCCAAGGCUGUGCAUGUGGCUGUGCUGACGGUUGAUGAGAAAGGGACCGAAGCCACCGGAGCCCUCCAUUUGGAAGAGAAGGCCUGGUCUAAGUAUCAGACCGUCAUGUUCAACCGGCCCUUCCUGGUCAUCAUCAAGGAUGACAUCACCAACUUUCUGCUCUUCAUUGGAAAAGUGGUGAAUCCCACCCAGACAUAACUGCCUGUCACUCCGCAGCCCCUCCCCUCCAUCCCUGGCCUCCUCCCUGGAUGACAUUAAAGAAAGGCUGACCUGC